AUGUUACUCAUGAUGUUAAAUUAAAUGUUUAAAUAAUAGUCUGAGUAUACUUCUGACUCAGAUGAACGAUUAACUUUUAUCUCUGGAUUUGAUGGAUCUGCAGGAGUAAGAUUAAAUCACUAAAACUAGAGCUUAUUUAUGGACUGAUUCAACAUACUAUUUAUAAGCUGCAAAACAAUUAGAACAUGGAUGGGAAUUACAAAAAUUGGAACCUGGUGCACUUACAUGUGUAGAAUAUGCAUAGUUAUGUUUAAAAUGAUAAACAAUAGGUUAUGAUCCUCUAUUGAUUAAUCAUUGUAUUAUUUUCUUAUUAUAUUAAGUGUUUAGAAAAUCAAGCACAACCUCAUUGUGGGAUGUAAAUCUUAAGGCAAUCAAUUAAAAUUUAAUAGAUUUAAUAUGAAAAAAUAAACCUUAAGAUUCACUAUCAGAAGUCAUUAUUAAUGAUUUGAAGUAUCAUCAAUAUCCAACAAAUAAAAAGAUUUCUUAAAUAUUUUAAAAUCUGUGAAUAGAAAAAAGCAAAAUCUAUUCUAAUUUUCAAAUUAGAAUUAAAUAACAUGGGUUUUAAAUUUAAGAUGAAAAGAUAUUAAAUUUAAUCCUUUAUUUAAGAGCUAUUUAUAUUUAAGAGAUGAUUAUUAAGAAAUAUUAUAUAUAAAUCCAGUUUAAGUAAAUGAGCAAGUGAAACAGUAUUUGACUGAUAAUAAAAUUAAAAUAAAACCUAUUUUAGAUGUAUUUAAUGAUAAUUUCAUCAAUUCAGUAGUAAAUCCUCUAGAAAUCAAUGAUAGAUUAAUAAAUUAGGUUGAAGAUCCAAUUUUUUUGAAUUUAGGUCCAAUAGAAUUGCUUAAAGCUAUAAAAAAUGAAAGAGAAAUAUAAGAAUUUAAGGAAUCACAAAUAAGAAAUGGUGCAGCAUUAGUCCAUUAUUUAUGAUGGCUUGAGAAAUACUUAUUAAAUGGUGAAGUGUUGGAUGAAUACUAAGCAGCUGAAGUAUUGGCUUAACAUCGUUUUAAAUAAAGCCAUAAUAUGGGAUUAUCAUUUGAUUCUAUUUCUAGCAGUGGAGCUAAUGCUGCUAUUGUUCAUUAUCAUCCAAUUGAGAAUAAUAAAUCUAAUAUAAAUCCUAAUCAUAUUUAUUUGAUUGAUUCAGGUGUUUAAUAUUUCGAUGGAACUAAUAAUGUGGCUAAAAACAUAUCAUUUCAAAAAAUCAACAAUAGAAGAAAAGAAUAUUUAUACAAGAGUACUUCUAGGCAAUUUAUAUAUAGAAAGAUUGAUAUGGCCUAAGAAAAUUAAGAUUCAUGGAAGAACUAUGGAUGUAUUAGCAAGAUGAUGGUAAUGGAAAGUUAAUUUAGAUUAUGGACAUGGUACUGGUAAUGGAGUAGGAUAUUGUUUAAAUUUUCAUAAAGGACCUCAUUGAAUUAAUAAAUAUAGAUCUGA